UUGCCAUUUCUACCAUUCAGAAGAAAACGCCAAUACACAACCGAGAGAGUUGAACGCGUCGCUGCCAACCUUGUUUUAGGCUCCUAGUAGAACGUGGCAUGGAAAAUGAGAAAGUUGAUCGCGCCAUGGCCAGUGUUUACAAUGACGAAGACGAUGAGCAGGAAGAGCAGAAGGUGGAGAAGUUUUUCUCUUUGAUUAGAGGCUUUCAGGAAGCCCGUAAUAAUCGAAGAAAAGAUCAAGUGUUGGAAGAGGAGGAGAGAAAGAAGAAGGUUAAAAGAUUAAAUGAUUCGCAGCCCAGUUCAAGUUGGGUACCUUCUUUCGAAUGGGAAGAUUUCAUGACUGACGAGAUUCAGUUUAGAAGGCCUCUUCCUCUUGUCUUUCCUCGUCCUCGUAACCAGAAAGAAGACAAGAAACAGCAAGAGGAAGAUGAUGGUUUAGAUCUCAAUCUCACCCUAUAAAGUGUUCCAUCUCAGUUUACUAAAUGAUGCCUAAUGGGAUUGCAACACUUGCUCUUUUUUCUUUGUUUGAUUAGUUUAAUGUUUAACCUUCUUGUCGUGUACUGAAAUAUGAAUUUCCUGCUUCAAUUGACAUCGGCCUGCCAUGUAAAACUGAAAAAUCCUUUUGUUCUUACGAGAAGAGAAAUUUGAAAUUUUUACCAAGGUGGUUCUUCA